AUGAGGCUUUUCUUGCCCACUCAGUCAAAGGUUCCGGAAAACAGCUGCAAAUUUGGACAGCGAAAUCAUACAUCUGGUGUUUUAUUUAUUGGAUUUUUAGUAUGCUGCUCUGCCUCUGAACCAGUACAUGCUGAAGCAUCAGGAGAAAGUAGGGGAGAUAGCUGUGAUUCCUCAACCACUGGCUAUUCACGUGUAAAGAAGGUCUAUACUGACUAUUCUGUAAUUGGUAUACCUGGAGAGGGAAGAUGUUUAUUUCGUUCUGUUGCUCAUGGUGCUUGUGUAAGGUCAGGGAACCGCGCUCCUGAUGAGAACCUACAGAGGCAAUUAGCAGAUGAAUUGUGGGCCAGAAUGCCAAUUAGUGUAUACAUGUAUGACCAGGACGCAAGCGGCCUGAUUUCUAUUGCUGAAUACGGGCAAGAAUAUGGCAAGGACAAUCCUAUUAAGGUUCUGUAUCACGGAUUUGGUCAUUAUGAUGCAUUGCACAUUCCCGGGAAGAAAGGACCAAGAUCAAAACUUUAA